AUGGCGAGCCUGGAAAUCUCGAAGAGCUCGCAUCAAAAGUUCAAGGAGUACUUGUCGGGCCUCUGCGUGAACGGCUUCUCCUCCGAAGAAGAGUAUUACGAACACUACCUCGACUGGGAAGAGUCCAAUUUCCUGGAUGCCGUCAAAGAAUUGUGAGUCUGAAUGUCUAAAGUUGCAUCUCAUUUACUACUUGUGAACUGAAUGAUAACUCGAGAAUUAUAGCUUUCGGUGUAAAAUUAUCAUAAACAAAGUUGUUUCGGUCGAUAACUCCUUCAAAUCAUUUUUUAUUUUCGAGAUAUUCAAAUUUUGACGCUCAAUCCAAUUUCAGCCUUUCCGAAGAGGAAGCCGUAGAGCCAGACUUUUUCCAACACUUCGGACCGCGACUCGCGAGCCGCUGCAACGUGAAAAAAAAUCAUGAGGUCCGCGACCGGAAGAUCAUCGACAGGGGACUCUCGGAGAACGACUUCUACAAUCAGAUGACCAGGGGACAAUGGACAGGUAUCAAUUUGUGA